UUUAUGUGCAAAGUAAACAAUUAUUUAGAUAUUUUCAAAUAGGAAAUAUUGUCAGAUUUAGAAAAAAAAUGUCUGCUAAAGAACAAAAAGCUUUGCUUAAGGAAAUACGCGAACUAAUAAAAAAUGAUAAAUACCGAGAGGCCAUCAGCAAAUGUGAGCUGGUCUUGAAGUACGAACCCAAUAAUUAUAUGGGACUUUUAUUGUUGGGUGCCGCUUAUCAGAAUGUCGACAAACAAGAAGCUGCCAAUUACCUACGUAAAGCUGUUCAAUAUUCGCCAACAACGCCGACUGUUGCUUUACAAGGUCUGGCCAACUGUGCGCCCACCGAUGAAUUACCUAAAAUUUUGGAGCAAUUAAUUGAUUUGGUACCGGAAAAACAAAGCGAUUAUAUCGAGAAACUGUACAGCACAUCCACUAAGCCGAAAAUGGCUUUGGAAUGCUUUGAAAUAAUCAGCGAAAAAUUGGAGAAAAACCACAAUGAAGCUUUGCGGGAUGUGCUCUUGAAGUAUUUAGGACGUAUAUGGAUUGAAAAUGAUUUGUCUCCAGCUUUGUUAAAUGAAAAUUUGUACAAAUCUGCUUUGGAGGCUGUAAUUUCAGACCCUAGUCUCCAGAUACACUUCCCAGCAUAUAAAUGUUAUUUAAAGCUGCUGUUUAAACAAAAUGAAUUAACAGCUUGCCUUAGUCAUGCCUGCAAGGUGAUCGACCUGUAUCCGAAAGAUAUUUAUGCUUAUGGAUGGAUUUGUAAAAUUUAUUGUGACAAUUAUGAAAAGAAUCAAUUUAUAGCUUUUGAUGGCCUAACGCAAUCAGUUGAUUUUUAUGCCUCGAAACUAUUGGAGCUGAACGAAAAUUCUUAUUUAGGUUUAGUAGUAAAAGCAAUUGACUCUUAUAAUACGCAACAAUAUGUUACUUCACGUCAACUUUUAUCUCACGCAUUGAAAGAAGAACCAAAUUAUAUGGUAGCCGUUAAGCUGUUGGCCCGCACUGAAACUCAUUUAGAAGCUUAUGAUUUAGCGGAAGAAUUAUGGCAACGUUUAGGGAAAGAAUUUCGCGAAGAGUACGCCUUAUGUCUCUCGCACGCGCAAGAGGAAAGUAAAUUGCAAGAAGCUUUGAAUUUGUUAAACGAAGAAAAUCUUUCACCGAAAGCUUUACAAGCCACAGCCAGGUGUUAUUAUAAAUUGGGGGAUUUAACUAAGCUAAAAUCCCUAUCCAUGGAUGAUUUAACAAAGGCUGAGUUUCUUCUAUCACCAAAACAGGCCAUAGAUUAUUUGAAUGGUUCGACAAUUGAUUUGGAGAGUUUCUCAUCGCUACUGUUAUUGGGAAAACUGUAUUAUAAAAUUGGGAAUUUUUCUCAAGCUUUAAAUAAUAUUCUAAAAGCUACGCGUCUACGACCUUACAGCUCUGAAUGCUUUUUUUAUUUAGGUAAAAUUUAUUUUGCUCUAAACGAUAUCGUGCGUUCGCGUAAAUGUUUUGAAAAAUGUAUUACCUUAAAUCCUCUGAAUGAUUUGGCAGUAGAUAAUUUAUCUGCCAUUUAUCAACAAAUCGAUGAAGAGGAUUUAAAUGUGGCUUUGUUGACGAAUACCUUAAAAUAUCUGAACAAUUCCCAACGGGCUAAACAUUUGCAUUAUAAAUUAGGUUUACAUUACUUAAGUGUUAACAACUUCGAUGAGGCUAUACAAUCCUUUCGCACGGCCAUUAAACAGGACGUGUCUUGCAUGAUUUAUUGGGAAUCUUUAGGCGAUGCCUACGCGGAAAGGGGUUCUUAUAAUUCGGCGAUAAGAGUUUUUCAAAAAAUUUUGGAAAUGCAACCAGACAAUCUUUACGCCCAACUUCAAGUGGCUUUAAUGAAAGUGACUACGCGCAUGUAUUCAGAAUCUAUAGAAAAUUUCGAUCGUUUACUUAAAAGUAAUAACGAUUAUCUGCCUGCUUUAAAAGGAGCUGCUGAAGCCCAUUUGGGUUUGGCUAAUUACUUAAAAAGCGAAUACCGUUAUGGUAGAGCUAAACAUCAUUUACAAACUGCCGUAAAUAUGCUACAAAGAUGUUUCUUGAAUAGUGAAAACCUUAAUAUGGUUUGGCUUUGGCGUUUAACGGCAAACGCUUUCGUUUUAACUGCUCAGAUGUCAGAAUCUAUGGCAAACUUAGAUGUCAAUGGUCUUUUAGCUAAACGUGAAAGCGAAAUUGUUUUCUUAACACGCAAGGAUUUAUUUAAAUUAGCCGCUAGAUUUUACACAUGUGCUUUAACAAUUAAAUCAAACACGUAUUUAUGGUACGAAUUGGCUUUGUGUUACUAUUACAUGGCCGAUUACAUAAACGAAGAAGCUGAAAAUCAUUUAGAUAUGGCUACGAAAGCAUGUCAAAUGGCGAUUAAAGAACAAAGCAAUCGUUGGCAAAAUUGGAACUUAUUGGGUGUUAUAAAUAUGCAUCAAAUUAAAGAAAAUUAUCCAAUGGCUCAGCAUUGUUUCAUACAAGCGCUUAAUUUAGAUCGUAAAUCUUACACUACAUGGACUAACUUGGGAGUUUUAUACUUGAGAUUACAUGAGAUCAAAUUGGCUAAUCAAGCCUUCCAACGAGCCCAGCAAUCCUCUCCGAUUUAUCCGAACGCUUGGAUAGGCCAGGCUAUGAUUGCGGAGACCAUCAACGAAGAAGAAGAAGCUUUAGAUUUAUUCAGACACUGUCAACAAUUUGAAUUUCAUAGUGAGUCUGCUCUGGGCUACGCUCACUGGGUUUGCAAUAUGCUUUGCGAUCCAGGCAAAUGUGAGUUACCGCAUUACAAACAUGCCAUUAACAAUAUGCAUGCUGAUGUAAUGGCCCUGGAUGCGAUUAAUUGGUACGUGAUUAAUGAAGAAAAAGAGACCAGUGUGUCGGCACUUUCACUUCAAGGAUUUUUAAGUGAACGUCAAAAACUAUAUCGGCCCGCUGUCAAAGCGUAUACGGCAGCUGCAUCCAAGGCCACAAUAGGCACGGAACGUGAUUUAAUUUUUACUAACCUGGGUUUUGCGCAUUUGAAAUUGAACGAACCUACCGAGGCUAUAAAUGCGUUUAAUAAGGUUUCACAAGCUUCCUUUAAACCCAUUAUAGGCUUAGCUUUAGCGUAUUUUAAAGCAGGCCAACAUCAAGAGGCUUAUUCCGUCUACAAUUCGGUGCUUAAAAGUGUAGUUGGCGCAGAAGAUGAUAAAGCAGCUCGCAUUUUAGUAGCUAUGGCUUCAAUGGUUUAUGCCUUCCAAGGUGAAGCAGAUACGAAAACUAUUUUAUAUCAAUGCAUACUUUUAAAGAAUUCUCCCGUACAAGCAUUGUACUCGGCUUGUGCUUUGGGAAUUUUGCAUCAGGAUACGCAAUUAACGGAGACCAUCUUAAAUGAGCUAAGAAAAUAUGAGAAUUCGAUAGAGCACAUAGCUCAUGUUGCAUAUUUAAGGGCUCAAUACUAUCUAUCGAUUCAAAAACCACGUAAUGCUCUUAUCUCUUUGAUGACACGUGUACACAUCUUUCCGCAGUGUGCUGCUCUACGUAAAGUUCUGGCCAACUUUCUAUUAGACAACUACGGACAUAAACGUCAAUAUCAUGCAGCCACUAGUCAAAUAGCUUUAAGUGCUAUUAGUUUAGUGCAUGGCAGUAAAACUAACAAAAAUGAUUGCAUCGAGGAUUCUCAAACUUUACUAAUCGCCAGUCGUGCUCUCCAGCCGGUCGAUAAGCAGAAUUCUUUGAAACUAAUACAACGUGCCGUACACUUGUAUCCAAAUAAUCCGAACGCUUGGAAUUCUCUCUUGCAAGUGCAUUAAGU